AUGUUCGACAUCUACCCUUUAGCCGCAUCGCUCAUUGGAGGCGUUAUGAUUACACUUGUCAAUAUUGCAUCGAUCAAAUUUCGAAGUGUACCGAAGACGCUUCCUGAUACACUAUUCUCGCUCACUGGUUUUAUUCGAGCUGCAUUUGGCCCCGAACAAGACGGCCAACAGGGUAAUCCUUUGACAAGGGCGCAGGUCACUGCAGCAUUUCCAAAAGGAACGUGGCAGCGUAAUGUAUAUGAAGACUAUAAGGCAGUUCUCUUCGAUGAAGAACUAAUCUUCCCCUGCGUCUAUGCCACAAAGGGCUUUAAAUCAGACGACCAGCGCUAUCUGUUCAUCGACUCGGAUGACCUGUCGGACCCACGACAUAUCCAUACUCUUGCCAAGGGACUUUCCACAUACCUCCCUCAAGCUCGCCAGCUCGGCCCCAACACCUCACUCGUUCUCCUUGCCAAGAAAAAUGACAACAACUCACGAACAACAGAGGAAUACAAUACUCUGUUCUGGGAACUCCUCAACGGUCUCGCCAAGCUUGAUAAAAAGCCUUGGCCUUCAAAUAUACCCCACGACAUUGACACGGACAGAUGGUGCUUCUGCUUCGGUGGAGAAUCAUUCUUUACUAUCAUCCAAACCCCUGCUCACCAGGUCAGGCGCACGCGUUGUGCGCCGGGCCUGACCAUGGUCUUCCAGCCAAAGUGGAUUUUUGACAUUCUCUUCAGCACUGAUGCAAAGCGCGCGGGCGCGCUUGCAAAAGUUCGUGCCCUUCUCGCCAAGUACGGUCCAAUUCCUAUCAGCCCCGAGCUGAAGAACUACGGCGAGGAAGGUUCGCGGGAGUCCAAGCAGUACUUCUUGCUGGAUGAAAAUAUUCCGGCGUCAUGUCCAUAUGACAAACUCAGCGACUCCGAAGUCAUUGCCGCAUAA